UGUGGAGAAACGGAGUUAGGAGGGAAGCCUCCAAGGAAGGGGGGUUUGACCCUCUCUUUCCUCUCCACCUUUUUUUUUCAACUUUUUCCAUGAGUUCACGCUAAUUUCCUCUUUCUAAAACCCCAUUAAAUCCUCUCUUCCACCCUAACUCCCUUGGAUUUGUCAAUAUUUCCCUCUGCAUUCUCAUACCUUUUUUCCAUGAAUCUCACUUUCAUUUUCGUUUUCUUUGGCAAAAGUUACAGCUUUCUUUGAUUUCUCCACCCCCCACCAAUUUGGUUUCCCAGGAGAUCUGAGGUUUAGACUAAAAAUCCCUUUUUGCUUGCUCCAUUUCUGUGUUUUUCUUUGACAAAGAUCAGAUUUUGGGUUGACUGGGGUUUUUAGAGUUUUAUCCUUUCUAGUUAAAGAUCCAAGAAGGUUGACAGAAAGAUUGAAGCUUUUCUUGUGCCAUUGGUCAGGGCUAAAUCUGAGGUUUUGAUUGAUCUUAGUCCGUGUUUUACUGAUAAUUUGAGGAAAAGAUUGAAUUUUGAAGCACUUUGGAUUAAUGGGUAAUUGUUGUGCUGUGCCGCAAACUUCUGAUGAGAGGAGUACCAGAAACAAGCCAAACCCAUUUUCUGAGUAUAGUACACAUGGGAAUGGUGAAUACAAGUCCUAUGUGUUGGACAGCCCAACAGGGCAUGAUAUUGAGGCCACAUAUAAGCUAGGGCGUGAGCUUGGGCGUGGCGAAUUUGGGGUUACCCAUUUGUGUACUGACAAAUCGACCGGGGGUCAAUUCGCCUGCAAAUCGAUUUCGAAGAAGAAGUUAAGAACCAGAGUGGAUGUUGAGGAUGUGAGGAGAGAGGUUCAGAUCAUGAGGCAUUUGCCUAAGCAUCCCAACAUUGUGACCUUGAAGGAUACCUAUGAGGAUGAUCAUGCUGUCCACUUAGUGAUGGAGUUGUGUGAGGGCGGUGAGUUGUUCGAUAGGAUUGUUUCGAGGGGGCAUUACACUGAGAGGGCAGCUGCCGUUGUGACUCGCACCAUUGUUGAAGUUAUUCAGAUUUGCCAUAAACAUGGAGUCAUGCACCGUGAUCUCAAACCGGAGAACUUCUUGUUCGCAAACAAGAAGGAAACUGCUGCACUAAAGGCCAUUGAUUUUGGACUUUCGGUGAUCUUUAAGCCUGGCGAGAAAUUUAAUGAGAUAGUUGGAAGUCCAUACUACAUGGCUCCCGAGGUUCUGAAAAGAAAUUAUGGUCAAGAAGUGGAUGUCUGGAGCGCGGGCGUCAUUCUCUACAUCUUACUAUGCGGUGUUCCACCGUUUUGGGCAGAAACGGAACAAGGAGUUGCUCAAGCAAUCAUCAAGUCAGUUGUGGAUUUCAAAAAGGACCCUUGGCCUAGGGUUUCUAACAGUGCAAAAGAUCUUGUGAAGAAGAUGCUCAACCCCGACCCCGUCAAGAGGCUCACCGCUCAGGAAGUGUUAGCUCAUCCUUGGUUGCAAAAUGCACAGACGGCUCCUAAUGUUUCUCUGGGCGAAUCAGUCAUAGCAAGGCUUAAGCAAUUCUCAAUGAUGAACAAGCUGAAGAAAAGAGCUCUAACCGUUAUAGCGGAGCAUUUAUCUGUGGAGGAAGUGGCUGGAAUCAAGGAAGUGUUCCAACUAAUGGAUACAAACAACAAGGGGAAGAUUGACAUUAACGAGUUGAGAGUCGGGUUGCAAAAACUUGGCUAUCAGGUCACCGAAACUGAUCUUCAAGUGCUUAUGGAAGCAGGCGACGUUGAUAACGAUGGGUAUUUGGACUGUGGGGAGUUUGUGGCAAUUUCUGUCCACCUAAGGAAAAUGGGUACUGAAGACCACUUGAAGAAAGCAUUCGAAUUUUUUGACAAGAACCGGACCGGUUAUAUAGAGAUUGAGGAGCUACGCGAUGCCUUGGCAGACGAGAUUGAUCCAAACAGUGAAGAAAUCAUUGACGCUAUUAUGCAAGACGUGGAUACAGAUAAGGAUGGACGCAUAAGCUACGAGGAGUUCGAUGCAAUGAUGAAGGCGGGCACGGACUGGAGAAAGGCAUCACGACAGUAUUCACGAGAGCGGUAUAACAGUCUCAGCUUGAAACUGAUGAAGGAUGGAUCUUUAAAGUUUAACAGUUAAGGUAGUAGAUAGCUUGACAAGUAUAACCAUAUCUUUAGCCAAAGAAAUUUAAAACAAAAUUCUUUUCUUUGUGUUUUCUUCAUUUCUUCUCCGCUCGCUCGUCGGGGUGUUUUGUGCUUUAUAUUGUUUGUGCAAUGGUGUGUGUGAUAUAUGGGGAUGAAAGAUAUGAGGUCCCUGUCUCCCUGAUGUUUGUUGUUUGCCUUCUUCUCUUGGAGGGUGAGGAGAUUGUCAUCUGCUAUGCUGUAAAUAUUAUAUGAAGUUUUUGUUGUUUAACAUAUUGUUGGUUCUAUCCUAUAUCCAAUGAAGUUGUUGUUUAAUAUUC